CGGGGGGCGGCGGCGGAGGAGGCGCCGAAGCCACACCCAGCGGCGAGCGGAUCCUGCCGCGAGUCGUCCCGCGCCUAAGCCCCGCGCAGCCCGGCGGACCCCGCGCACCGAGGCCGCUCCGGCCGAGCGCGAGCACAGCGACCAUGAUCGCUUUGUUCAACAAGCUGCUGGACUGGUUCAAGGCCCUGUUCUGGAAGGAGGAGAUGGAGCUCACGCUGGUGGGGCUGCAGUACUCCGGGAAGACCACCUUCGUCAACGUGAUCGCGUCAGGACAGUUCAAUGAGGACAUGAUCCCCACUGUGGGGUUCAACAUGCGGAAGAUCACGAAGGGGAAUGUGACCAUCAAGCUCUGGGACAUCGGGGGACAGCCCCGUUUCCGCAGCAUGUGGGAGCGCUACUGCCGGGGAGUGAGUGCCAUCGUGUAUAUGGUGGACGCCGCUGACCAGGAGAAGAUUGAGGCCUCCAAGAAUGAGCUGCACAACCUGCUGGACAAGCCCCAGCUGCAGGGGAUCCCUGUGCUAGUGCUGGGUAACAAGCGGGACCUCCCGGGAGCACUGGAUGAGAAGGAGCUGAUCGAGAAAAUGAACCUGUCUGCCAUCCAGGACCGAGAGAUCUGCUGCUACUCCAUCUCCUGCAAAGAAAAGGACAACAUUGACAUCACACUACAGUGGCUUAUUCAACACUCAAAGUCACGGAGAAGCUGAGACUGCGGCCCGCCCCCUCGGACAGGGACCCACCAUCUGAUCCUGAAGCCGAGCUCCCCGCCCACCCCACUGUCCCCCUAAGCCCACCCCUCAUCACUGGUUUGGGGUGGGGCCCUCUGGGGAUCCCAGAGGCCUGUUCUGCUGAGGUUUGAACUCCUGUUUUUAUUGUAAAAUAAAUCGCCCCCUUCGGGUCCCCUAACCUCUCGCCCUUCCCUUCUCACCUGUCCCUUCACCCUCCCCUGCUUCCUUCCCUCCCCACAGCCCCGGCCCCCAGCCCCUGCCCUCCCCUCACUCCUGUCCCCUUCCCUUUUCAACACUUCUGUUAUUGUCCUGUGUGUAUAGUAUAUAUAUGUAUAUAUAUUUUAAUUUUUUUAAUUUAAGCAAAGACUAAAAUCAACCAUUUGAUGCUGCAGGGGUGAGUCAGGAUCUGGGAGGGGAAAGCUGUGCAGGCCGGCUUGGGGCAGGCCCCGAUCAGGAAAGGUGGGGGCUGGCACAUGGCGCAGGCCCCAGCCUGGGCACUGGUGGCCGGCCCAUGUCCUGUGCAUUCCCACUUCCCGGUCUGGCUGUCCCUGCUUGCGUGUCACAGGCUGCAGGAGCCCCCAGAGGCACCCCUCUCUGCCCCCAGCCUCCGUAGGGCCCCCAGGUACAGCCAGCUGCCAGAGACCACCGUGCCCUGGGGGGGGCCAGCGCCAAGCGCCCGCAGCCCCUCCCCCUCCCAGGCCCCACUCCACGGGCACCUCAUUUUCUGUUCUCAUUUUGCAGAGUUGCACAAGGAGAGAACUUGGUGUGGGAGGGGUGGGGGGUGACUCUUUGGGUUUCGUGUUUGUUUGUUUGUUUAAUUUAAUGAUUUGUAAAGUGAUGUCCCUCUUCCUUUUUUACACUUUUCAGCUCAUAUCUAACCUCUGUUUGGAAAAUGAUUCUUGUAACUGUACAUUUUUUUGCCUCCUAACAACAACAACAAGAAUAAAUUCGCAAUUUUGUGCUGGG